AUGCCCGUUGAUCGCAGCCUUUAUAUUAUCCCAAAUGAUUCUCCGGUCUGUCAACUAGACGCUGAAGAUGCUUUCAAGACGUUAUCUGAGAAAGAGAGAAAAUACGCUCACUACGUGGCAAAGGCUUCUUUCGACGGAGCUCUAGCCGUUUUUCUUCAAGUUUCUCCGGAAUCCGCACCUAUUUUCUAUGUCCUUUAUAGAUUAUUCAAAGCAGAAACUGUGGACCAGUUGAAGGAGAAAGCAAUUGCCGUCGGAUUCACUGAGGCUGAAUGGCAAGCUUUUCUUGUAUACACUGCCGCCUUUUACAACAAUUCUGGUAACUAUAAGGGAUUCGGUGACAGCAAGUUUGUGCCAGGGGUUGAACAGACGAAAAUCCGCGCAUUAAUUGAGAAAUCCGCUGUUGGAACUGAUGAGAAAGUUCUGAAGACGUGGGAAUCGGUGGAAAGUAAGAUAGGAUCAUUGCAAACAACUGAACUGCAGCUUGGAUUUGGAGAUAAGGGGGUAACAUGCUAUCAUUCUUCUAACGUCACCCAAGAAGACUCUGAAAAAAUUGACCGAUUCUUCAAGCAAAGAAAUCUUGCAUUUUGGAAUACACGGCUUUUCAAAGAAGUUGGAGCUGAUGGAAAAACGACGUUCACCAUCAAAUUGGCUUCAUCGGAAGAGGGUGUUGUCUCGGAACCUGAGGAAUUCGAAGGAGUCGUCAUUCAAAUUAUCAGAGGAGAUUAUUCAUUGUUGAUGAAAAGAACUCAUGAAUGGCUGGCUAAAGCCAUUCCAGUUGUGGCAAACAAGAAUCAAGAAGAGAUGCUCAAGAAGUAUAUCGAGCAUUUCAAGAAUGGAGAUAUCGAUUCGCACAAAGAUGGUUCUCGAUAUUGGAUCAAGGACGUCGGACCAGCUGUGGAGAGUUAUAUUGGGUUCAUUGAAAACUACAGAGAUCCGGCUGGAACACGUUCAGAGUUCGAAGGAUUCGUUGCUGCUGUCAAUAAGGAGACGUCGAAGAAAUUUCAAGCUUUGGUGUCAAAUGCUGAGGAGAUUCUAAAACAAUUGCCGUGGGGUGCAGAUUAUGAGAAAGAUACGUUCCUUAAGCCUGAUUUCACCGCUCUUGACGUAAUCGCUUUUGGUAGUAGUGGAAUUCCAGCUGGUAUCAAUAUUCCAAACUACGACGACAUUCGUCAAAACGAAGGAUUCAAGAAUGUGUCUCUCGGAAACGUUAUUUCUGCUCAGCCAAAACAAAAAAUGAACUUUUUGGAUGAACACGACGAGGAACUUAUGUUCAAAUUUCAUAAAGAUUCAUUCGAAGUUCAAGUUGGACUCCAUGAGCUUCUUGGUCAUGGUUCUGGUAAAUUGUUUCAAAAAAAUGCAGAUGGAACAUUCAAUUUUGAUAAUAACAAAGUUAAAGAUAUUAUCACCGGAGGACCGAUUGCCACUUGGUAUGAGCCAGGAGAGACAUGGUCCUCUAAAUUUGGAGUUUUGGCAUCAGCAUAUGAGGAGUGUCGCGCUGAAGCUGUCGGAUACGUGCUUUGUUGUAAUCCAGACAUUCUAAAAAUCUUUGGAUACACUGGUGAAUUAGCUCAUGACGUGAAAUAUGUCAACUGGUUGAGCGAAAUCCGUGCCGGUCUUCUUGCUCUUGAGUUCUAUCAAGCUGAUCAAAAGAAAUGGGGACAAGCCCAUUGUUAUGCUCGCUAUGUUCUCACUAAAGUAGUUUUGGAAGCUGGAAAGGGAUUCGUCAAGAUUGAGGAGACUAAAGGUGAAGAUGGAAAGCCAGAUCUUCAUUUCAAACUCGAUCGCAAUCUUAUCGACUCUGUUGGACGCCCUGCCGUUAAUGCAUUCCUUGCUAAACUUCAAGCAUACAAGUCAACCGGAGAUUUUGAAGGCGGAAAGAAACUUUUCGAGUCGUAUGGAGCAGUAGGGGAGACCGAGUUGCAGUGGCGCGAAAUCUGCAUUGCGCGGCGCAAGCCAAGACGUAUUUUUGUUCAACCAAAUACCGUUGAAAACAACGGAGAAAUCUCAUUGGUCACCUAUCCAGCAGAAGUAUCUGGAGUUAUUCAAUCGUUCGUUGAACGGUACGAUGCUAAAGCCAUUGAAGAGCUUUAUACAUGCUGGAAAAACGAUUAUAAAUGGUUCUAG